CGGCGCGCUCAGUUAGCACGAGACUCGCGAUCGGGCAGCACAGAGACGGAGAGAGAGAGAGAGUGUCUCUUCGUUUUUUUUCUUCUUCCCCGCAAUCUCUGUCUCCGUUUUUUCCGCGCUUCGACCGGAACGGUACUUGGUCGAAUUCGAAGAUCGAUUGACGGCGCCGUGGGACGUCGACGAAGGGGAGAGAGACCCAUCGAAGGAUUCCGCAAGCCUUCUAUUGUCUUUCUUCGUAGUGACGAGCACGUAAUAAUAAACGUCACUGAAGUUUGAACGAAUAAUCCGACGAAAGCUCGGCACGCGAGAGGGUUUACUGCUGAAUUAGUGUAAACGGGAUUCCCGAGAGUGUUGAAACAACGUCCGCGCGACAGCGGACAGCCCGCAGAGUAGCAGUUCGCAACUUUGCGCCACGAUUAAAUCGUAUGAAAGUUCAGCCUGGAUUUACCGCGACGAAUGAGUUGAAUUACCGUUGAGACUUGCACUGAGGAUCAAGAGGAAACGCGCGUCAACGAAGAAUCGUUUUACCGCGAAAAGCGAUAGGAACGAAAGAUCGCUGAAAGGAAAAUCCGAGAAGAUUUUUGGAAAUUUAUCGGAUGAAAAAAAUUCAAGUUCCAUCAAAAUUAAUCUCAAUCCGUAGCCUUUCGAUUGCGACAUCUUAGAGGCGUGUUGGUCUGCUUUCCCGUCGAACGGAUAAAUUUUGCACAUCUUGUGGAAGCAGCUUAAGUGCGCGCUGCGCCUCGAGUUACCGGAUCGACCAGCAGCUGCACUCGACAUCUUGUCACUUAGGAGGCAUCGAGAUCUCGCGGUAGAUGUUACAAACGAGCCAAGAGAGUUGCGUUCAAGUAUCGUGAAAGGAACGGAAGAUCAGACUUUCUCUCGUCGUGGUAACAAAGACACUUAAAACUGCGCGAUUAGCCUCUAAUAUACGAUUCACUCUUAGCUUUCCGAGAAGAAAUCGUGUUUCGCAGCCGAAGAGCGACAGGCGCGAACAAAGCAGAGUCAUCCCUGAACUCCGUAGAAAAUAUUAUAUUGUCAAGAUUAUUAAGAGGAAAGGAUAUUUUUCGAAAAGAGGAUAUUCUUCCCGAGAAGACAGAAUACUUAUUUUCAGGACAAAAUAUUCUCUAAUUUCGAAAUUGCACGAGGAAACUCUAAGAAAAUUAACUACAAGAGUGGAGUUUCUUUUUAAAAUCGUUGACCUCGUCUCACAAAGAAAAAAGAUCUUAGAAUUCUGAUACUAGUAUGGGACGGUGAAGUUUAUUCACGAUACAGAUUUUAUUUUCGGGUGGAAGAAGAAAAGCUCUGUAUUUAGAAGUUUAUCGUCGUUGAAGCGGCAAGAAAUCCAGCAGGAUUGCUCCACACGUGGACACAAUGUACGUGACGGAGACGGGCGGCCACAAAGUGGCACCCGCGCCCGCGUCGACGCGUAUGAAGAAGGUGGACUACAACAAGUCAGUGAUCUAUCAGCAGCAUCAUCAUCAUCAUCCGCAGCAACAUCAUCAUCACCACCAGCAUCGUCACGAGGGUGGCGGUGAUCGCGGCGGCGGGACGCAUAUCGCCGCGACGGUGAAGAACACGGUGCGCCGAUUGUUACGUCGCACCAAAAGCCAUCGUGACACACCUUCGACGAACGCCUCGACGAUGACCCCGGUCGUCGCCAAUGGCCACGCCGUCGUAUCGCCGCCCACGCGGAUACCCACGUCGAGGAACGACACCUGCAACGCGCCGCCACCCUCGUCGGACAUCUACUUGAAACGCUACUCCAGACAACGCACGAGACCUCAGACUGGGGAUGGCGUAGGGGUGUCGAGUACCGGAGGUCGACUCUCUUCGAGGAGUCGAACCUCCGAGGAGCCUCACAUCGGCAAGUACAAAUUACUGAAAACCAUCGGCAAGGGCAACUUUGCCAAGGUGAAACUUGCCAAGCACGUACCCACGGGAAAGGAAGUAGCUAUCAAGAUCAUCGAUAAGACUCAAUUGAAUCCUGGUAGCCUUCAAAAGCUGUUUCGAGAAGUCAGGAUAAUGAAGAUGCUCGAUCAUCCGAACAUAGUAAAAUUAUUCCAAGUAAUCGAGACUGAAAAAACUCUGUACCUGGUAAUGGAAUAUGCCAGCGGCGGCGAGGUCUUCGAUUACCUGGUCCUGCAUGGUCGGAUGAAGGAGAAAGAGGCAAGGGCGAAGUUUAGGCAGAUCGUUUCUGCUGUGCAAUACUGCCAUCAAAAGAAGAUUAUUCACAGGGAUUUGAAAGCUGAGAAUCUGUUGCUCGAUAGUGAAAUGAAUAUCAAGAUCGCCGAUUUUGGUUUUAGCAAUGAAUUUACACCCGGUAACAAGUUAGAUACAUUUUGUGGCUCGCCGCCUUACGCCGCCCCGGAGCUCUUUCAAGGAAAAAAAUACGACGGCCCGGAAGUCGAUGUAUGGUCGUUAGGCGUAAUCCUGUACACACUGGUAUCCGGUUCACUGCCUUUCGAUGGUUCGACGUUGAGGGAAUUGAGAGAAAGAGUAUUAAGGGGGAAAUAUAGGAUCCCAUUUUAUAUGUCUACCGACUGUGAAAAUCUUCUUAAAAAAUUCUUGGUGCUCAACCCGACGAAGAGAGCCUCACUAGAGGUAUGUGAUGAUCAGAAUAUAAUGAAGGACAAAUGGAUGAACAUGGGAUACGAAGAUGAUGAAUUAAAACCGUACUUAGAACCUGAACCUGAUUACAGAGACCACAAGAGGAUAGGUGAGUCUGCCAAGGCCCUAGCCAGUUUGGGAUAUACUCGAAGCGAGAUAGAGGAUUCCUUAGGACAAGCGAAGUACGAUGACGUAUUUGCCACGUACUUGCUUCUAGGCAGGAAAACGACAGAUCCUGAAAGUGACGGAUCACGGUCGGGUAGUUCAUUAUCGCUGCGUAACAUUCCACCACAAGUCAGCUCGGGUGGUGGAGGAGGGAGCAGCGGGGGAACAGGUGGCGCGGUACAAAGUCCAUCGCACAGAGGUGUUCACAGAAGUAUUUCUGCUAGCAAUCCAAAACCCAGUAGACGGGCCUCGUCUGGUGGUGAAACUCUUCGAGGCGCGCCAAGUCCGGGUAAUGCAACGAAUCACAAUCACGCGACUGCGGUAACUGGCGCAGCUGUAACUGGAAGUGGUGGUAGCAAUUUUAAACGACAAAAUACCGUAGAUGCAGCCACGAUUAAGGAAAAUAGUGCUCGUGUUUCUGCAAGCCGGCCCUCUGCACCGAAAAACAGUCAACCUCCAGGGCAAUUAGAUACCAUGACAAUGUUCAUUCUAGGCGUGGGUACAAGUCCCGGUGGUAAAGCGAGGGUAGGCAAGAGCAACACAAUGAAUACAGGAGUAGGUGGUGGUCGACCACUUACCUCACCUGCUCCUGGUUCUGUUGGUCGACGUAGCACCAUCUCCUACGAUCAAGCGAAAACAUCAUCUUCAUCUACUGAAAGAACCAACGAAGUACCCAGUUUUGUGCACAGCCUGGGCGAGGGCACUAGACCGACGCGGGGUCACACCAAGUCUGCGAGCAUCAGCGCAGGUCACCGUUCCUCAAGUGGUGUACCCCCCAGCGACCAUUCACUACUGGACCCUCAACCACGCAACGCCCACAACUCCUUACUCGCCACCGCUGACCCCCUUAGGCAGAGUUUGGGUGUAUGCGCAAGCAACAGACUGGCCACAGCCACUACGCCAGCAUUUCCACGGAAUGUACCGAGUCGCAGUACGUUUCAUUCUGGCCAAAAUAGAGCACAGCGAAAUCACACUCAGGGUCACACACAAACACAGGACACGAAUGCGAUUAGCCCUCUAGCAAGGCCGUCCUUCUUCUCGAAAUUAUCCUCGAAGUUCUCCAAACGCCCCAUGGACCCAUCCGUACCCCCCAAGCACCUAGUAGUGAGCGGAGCUACCACUAACGACGAACAAGUUAAGCCGCGCAGUCUACGCUUCACGUGGAGUAUGAAGACUACCAGUAGUCGAGACCCUAACGAAAUUAUGUCUGAGAUUCGAAAGGUGUUGGACGCUAACAAAUGUCAGUACGAGCAACGCGAACGAUUUCUCUUGCUGUGCGCGCACGGCGAAGCGGCGACUGACAGCCAGGUGCAGUGGGAGAUUGAGGUCUGCAAACUGCCACGACUUUCUCUGAAUGGGGUACGGUUCAAGCGUAUCUCCGGCACAUCGAUCGGUUUCAAAAAUAUCGCCAGCAAGAUUGCGAACGAGCUCAAGCUGUGACUGUCGGCUACGGGCGCCCUAGCCGCCAAUCGCGUAAAUCCAUAACGACCUCGUGAACGUAGCCACCAAGUGGCGGUGGUCACCGAGGAGUUUUACUCUUGUUUCUUCUUCUGGGACUCCGACUCCGAAUCCGAAACUCAAGAAAUAUUUGUUUAAAUGAUUCUUCGCCUCUCCCCCUCCCCCUCCUUCGAGAUCGACGAGUGUCGUCAUCGGAUGAAAGAAAAAGGAAAAGGAAGAUUGAGUGAGAGAAAGAGAGAGAUGCCCUCGUCUAUGUUGGAGGUGCCGCUGUUAACGGUUCAUUGAUAAAAAUUCUAAACUGUGAUCCGUGACGGCUAAUACGUAUUUAAAAAUACUCCCGAGUGCCAAAAUGAAGAACUAGGUCGGGUCCUAGUGAUGCCUCGAGAACGAGAAAAAAAAUAGAACGAAAGAUAAGAGAAAUGGAUGGACCUGCUGACCUGAUUUACGAAGAAGCUGGCGUUAGACACAAUAAUCUAUUAGUUUAUUAAUUUCGAAUUUUCAUUGUCGAUAACACAGAGAAACGUGCAUCCGAAUGAAAAUAAUCAGUGUCAUGCUUACAGGUCGACCUGCCCUCCCUAUUCUUGAGCAAUCCAUCUAUCAUAAACUGUCGCUUCAUUUCUAAACAGUAUUAUAUGUCUUGUGUUUAUUCUUGAUGUUGAAGCUGUCUGCAUUCGAAUUAGUUUCUGAAAUGUGGAAUUGCAUGCUAUUGCUCUGCUGUGAAAAUGCUGAAAGAUUUAAGUAGAAUUAGAAUGCGAAGAUUCCAAUCGGAUCAUCAAAUGUGCCUAAUGAAGCAUCUCUCACAUAGAUUAUGUCUUUCAUGGGAACAAUGUUCCUUGUACUAUAAAAUAACAUGUUCUAUUUCCGUUCUUGCGGAAGAAAAAAAGAUCGAAGCAGUGCAUCUACAACGUCAGGAGAAUAAUUCUCCAUAACUUCCUGUUUUUCUCCGAUCUUACGUUUUAUAUAGAAAAAAUUUUACGAGCGCGGUUUUUGCCUGUAAACAAUUUGACAAAACCUGAUCGAGGGAUACGCGUAGCGUUGUGUCGAUAAGAAUCUACCUUCAUUUUAUUACACAUUAACCGGAAAUAAUUCAAUUUACGAAUUGAGCUAUUUUAAUUUCUGUUGCACAACGUGUGUGCAGUAUGCUUAUUUUUUCGAACAUUUUUAUGAUACUUUACUUCUUUUUUUAUCUGUAGAGUAUAAGUUUUUGAAAAUACACAACACUAUAUAGACAUUAGCCAAUUAAAGCGUAUAAUAAUUAUUAUUAAUAAUAUUUUUAUUUCUAUCAUAGAGACGACAAGUAUAUAUAUAGUACACACAAUACUAUAUGAAGGUAGAGAAGCAGAGAAGUUAUUAACAUAAUUUAGGAAUAUCAUCGAGUUAUUAUCACUCGCAUUUCAUGUGAAUAAUACACGCAAGUACUUCAUCAUUCUUUAAAGAGUUGAAAUUAUAUCAGAGUAAAUAACCUUAAUUACGUCAGAGUAAUAACGAGAUCUGUUAUUUCUACAUGAAGGAUACGAUAAUAUUAAAUUUAAGUAUUAUAAUUGGCUAUAUUAUAUUACACACAUUUAAAAUCCUUUCAUUCGCAAAGAUGUUUGCAGUUGAAUGAAAUAAAAUUAGGAAUUACACUAUACACUAGAAGCGAACUAGAGAGACUUGGUGUAUGUAAUAUAUGUUACGAAGGUACUAAAUUAAUAGAGAGAAAGAAAGAAAGAAAGAGAGAACCUCACACACACCAAGAUCAUACACUUUGGAACUCGAGUAUCGCGAACUUUUUAUAUUUGCCUAAGAUUAAUGAAGUAUGUUAUACUAAAAAAAAAUAGGCAAUGACUAAUUUAUUUACAUACUAUAUAAACUCAAUGAUUUUUCACAUUUCUAACACUUGCUACACUGAGAAAUACGGAUUAACUUCAGCGCACCGACACAAUGUACAAUCGCGGUACAUCGUGUUGCGAAUCGUGAAACGACUGAUAGCAACUAAGUAUCGGCGCCAAUUGUCUGUUACCGAACAUCUUGAUAAAAAUUCUAUGUGCUACGUUGAUUAAUGCAGCACUGGCAUCGGGACUUACCUUCUUUGUGUAUAACCAUACCAAUUUCGUGUCGUCGGAUUACUCCAUUUCAACCAAUAAGCAAGAUAAUGUAAUAUAACGAUAUAGAGUAAUAGCGAUUAUAGUAAUUAUCAAGAUUCACAAGGAGAGUCACGUUUAACGCAAACAUUUAUACCCCUCCAAGAGAAUGAGAGAGAUCCAAUCACUGUUAUAGAAAAUUAGAUUGGAGAAUAUAAUGCUCGAAAGUUUCGUUUGUUCCUACAGCAAUCAGAAUUAGUACUACAAUAUUGAAUCAUUACCAUCUUGUAAAAAAGUAAAAAAGGCAUGUAAUCCGGAAGCGGUUAUUGUAACAAAAUGACUCUGUAGAGAUACAUACACACAGACAUACACAUCAUAAUAGUGAUUAUUAUUAUUAAUGUUAAUGUAAGAUCCUUCAGAUAGCGUUAAUGGUAAAUUCCUCCCUCCCCCUCCCCCCCGGCAUAUAGACGAAUUAAUUAUACACCGUAAUCUAUACAUAAAACCCUUCGCUCGCUUGCUUUAUGAAAUAAAUGUAUAAAUUAACAAUCGAAAGAGAGAGAGAGAGAGAGAGGAGAUAUAAAUCUAAGGACAUUUAUGAUUUUAACACACGUGAAGAAAGAAUUUAUUAAGAAGUCGAUUAGAAACGCAGAGCUGCACGGGCGACAUUUAGAAUCCGACUCUACGUAACGUCGGAGAGAGAAGCUUCUUGUGAUCUUUUUUUUUCAUUCUUUCUUUUGUACGUAAAAUAAGCGCGCUGUGAAAUACACAUUUCUCCCGCGUGCGUGUGUAUGUGAAUUGCCCGUACAGCUGUGCACCUCUACUACUCUGCACGCACAUGUACACAUACAUGAAUACAUACAUACAUACAUACAUACAUAUAUACACACACACACACACACACAAACGCAAUCUCUGUAGAUAGAUACAUACAUACAGCUUUGCUAAAUGUUUUCUGGUGAUCGGUAUCUAGCCAAAAUGUAGCGAAACGUUUAUAAUAAAAUGGUAACACGCA